UUGGAGUGGCCCACCUGUCAGCUCACUUCAUCGUCUCGUCUCCAACCCUUCCCCUCUCCUCUCCUUCCCACCCCCCGACCAACAAUGGCCGCCGACGAAGCCGCUCCAUCCCCGCACCCGAAUCCCACCCCGGAAGCCGUCGCGCCACCACGGACGACCCGGCCACGGCUGUACUGCUUGCCACCUCCUCGUACCCCCCGUCGCGGUGUCGGCGGAGGCCUCCUGCUCCUGCCCUCGGGCCAGCCCUGCCUGCUGCCUUCCCCUAGCCGCCGCCCACAACCAAGAAGUCGGCGUGCGCGCGAGGCAAAAGCCCACCUUGAUGAGGUGGCAUCCGGGAAAGAUUCAGUUCAGAUCCAGUUGGAUGGUUCCCUGCUCUUCUGCUCUGUUAAUCUUUAGUUUUACUCAAAAGAAAAGCAAAAGAGGCUGCUUGUGCUUUGCGGCCGUGCUUUGCUCGCUCCACCGACGGGAAUGGCAUAUGCUUUGCUUCUCUGCGCCGGUUGCGGUGGGAAUGAGAUGCUUUACCCAGCUCUAGCUGCCAGCGGCGGCAAGUAUCUCCCAACCCCUCCAGCCUCCAGAUCUCCCCCGGCGUUUCAGCAGCAGUCAUAUGCCCUCCAAACACCGUCGCCUCUGCCGCGGUCGCCAUCUGCUGUCAUUUCUCGCCGCCGACCACCGUGCAUCCCAUCCAUCCCAAAGCAAAAAUCCAGCAAGUUAAACAAUGGUGAUGGUGCUGGAUGCGUUUGCAUCCUACCUGGGGGACUACCUCAAGCAGGUGGUAGAAGAUGAGCUCGGAACGAGGCUGGGCGUGUCGGGCGAGAUCAACAAGAUGGGCGGCAAGCUCCAGGACCUCAAGAACUUCCUCGCCGACGCUGAUAGGAGGAACAUCACGGACGAGACUGUGCAAGCCUGGGUGGGCCAGCUCAAGCGUGCCAUGUAUGAAGCUGCUGACAUCCUCGACCUCUGCCAGCUCAAGGCCAUGGAGCGUGGACCAUCCACCGCAAUUCCAGGGUUUUUCAAUCCCCUGCUUUUCUGCAUGCGGAAUCCCUUCCAUGCUCAUGAAAUCGGCACCCGCAUCAAAGCGCUCAACAAGAGCCUUGACUCCAUCAAGGAGCGGAGUGCUGCUUUCAACUUUAUCAACCUCGGAUCCUACGAGGAUCAUAGCAGCAACAUCCACGCCUCUGGUCGUGGCAAUCCUAGCCACGAGACAUCAGGGGACCUUGACCGGUCCUGGUCAGGUCUGGUUGGGGACCAGAUCAAAGAAGACACAAGAGCACUGGUGUCCCAGAUCAUGCGCCCAAGAAAUGAGGUCAACACCAACAUCACAGUGUUCGCCAUCGUAGGUGUUGGUGGGAUUGGCAAGACCACCCUUGCCCAGCAGGUCUUCCAUGACGAGGUCAUCCAAUCUGAGUUCAGCAAAAGGAUAUGGUUGAGCAUCAACCAAAACUUCAGUGAGAUUGAGCUGUUGACAAGAGCCAUCAGUGCAGCCGGAGGAAACCACCUGCCGGCUGGAAAUGCAAAGGCUACACUUCACCAAACUCUCAAGGACACCUUGAUUGGCCACAAGACUUUACUGGUAAUGGAUGAUGUGUGGAACCCUGGAGCAUGGGAGGGUGUGCUCAAAAUACCCUUUCUUAAUGCUGCUGCUCCAGGCAGCCAGGUCCUCAUCACCACUAGAGAUGAAGGUGUUGCCCUAGGGAUGGCAGCCACAUGGCCUUACCAUCACGUUGGCACAUUAGGGCUUGACGAUGCUUGGUCGCUGCUAAAAAAGCAGGCACUCUCAAGUGAGAUAGAUGAAGACCAUCUCAAUAUGUUGAAGGAUGUCGGAUUGAAAAUUAUACAGAAAUGUGGUGGUUUACCUCUCUCCAUCAAAAUAAUAGGAGGACUCCUGCGUAAAAGGGGGGAGCUACGUCGUGACUGGGAGCAUGUUUUGGAUGAUUCUAAAUGGUCAAUAACUAGAAUGCCCCAAGAGCUCAACUAUCCAGUAUACUUGAGCUAUGAAGAUAUGCCUCCUUAUCUGAAGCAGUGCUUCCUAUACUACUCUCUUCUUCCUAAAAGCAGAAGUUUCCAUGUGGAUCAAGUAGUUGGGAUGUGGAUCAGCGAAGGAUUUAUUCAUGGGAACUCGAAUGAUUUAGAAGAAUCUGGAAGAAAUUACUACAGAGAGCUGAUAUCUAGGAACCUUAUAGAGCCUAAUAUAAAUGAUGCCGAUCAAUAUUAUUGUAGCAUGCAUGAUGUUGUUCGUUCAUUUGCUCAGUAUAUGACUAGAGAUGAAGCAUUCACAGCUCAAGACGGAGACAAUGAUAUGCUAACUAAACUUAGCUCGCAGAAGUUUCUUCGGUUGUCUAUGCAAUCAGGUGACCUUGACUGGAAAUCUUUGCAGGAGCAGCAAUCAGUGAGAACAUUAAUCUCAACUACUCAGAUCAAUUUGAAGCCUGGUGAUUCAUGGGCUGCCUUUUCUAGUCUACGGACUCUACACAUAGAAUCUGCAGAUGUGGCUGCACUGACUGAAUCGUUGCAUCAGCUGAAGCACCUGAGAUAUCUGGCACUAUUAAAUACUGAUAUAUCUGUACUUCCAGUGAACAUUGGCAAGAUGAAACUAUUGCAAUUUCUUGACCUUGGUGGAUGUACAACAGUGGUGAAUCUUCCUGAUAGCAUUGUGAAGCUUGGCCAGCUGAGGUUAUUUGAUCUUCCCUACACAAAUGUGAUACCUAGAGGGUUCCAUGGUCUGACAAGUAUGAGGAGACUAUUUGGAUUUCGAGCCCUCAUGGAUGGUGAUUGGUGUAGUUUGGACGAGUUGGGGCCUCUUUCCCAACUCAGACGUCUUCAUUUAUUUCAACUGGAGAAUGUACCUGCUGCUUCGUUUGCUGCUAAUGCUAGGCUUUGUGAGAAAAGGAAUCUUACAAACCUAUUCUUGUGCUGCACCAGCAAACUGGGAGAUGAUGGGUUGCUCAUAGAGAAAGAAGGUGUCUCUAUUGGAGAGCAGGAAAGAAACGAGAAGGUGUUUGAUGAGCUCUGCCCUCCACCCAGUAUAGUUGAUCUUUCUAUCCAAGGGUAUUUUGGCCAGCAACUCCCGAGUUGGAUGAUGUCUACGUCAAUGGUGCCCCUCAACAACUUGAAGUAUCUAUGGUUUGAUCACCUGGUUUGUUGCACACAACUUCCCAAUGGGUUGUGUCAGCUCCCCUACCUGCAGAUCCUUCAUGUCAACCGCGCUCCAUGCAUCAGGCGUGUUGGGACUGAAUUCUUGCAGGCGGCGGCAGCUCCAUUUCCAAGGUUAAACGUGAUGAAGUUAAUUGGAAUGGUGGAAUGGGAGGAUUGGGAGUGGGAGGAGCAAGUACAGGCCAUGCCCCGUCUGGAGACGCUUUUGCUCGGUAAUUGCAAACUGAGACGUGCUCCUCCUGGGCUUGCCUCCAAUGCAAGGGGUUUGAAGAUUUUAAUUGUAAGAGGCGUCCAUCACCUCAACUACCUUGAGAGCUUUUCUUCUGUUGUUGAGCUUACGGUGCAUGCAUGCCCUGACCUCGAGAGGAUCACUAAUCUCCCCAAUCUGCAAAAGCUCACCAUCAAAGGUUGCCCAAAGUUGAAGAUGCUAGAGAGUAUCCCUGCACUCGAGUGGUUGGUUCUGGAGAAUUACGCCAUCGAAGAACUUCCAGAAUACAUGCGAGAUAUAAACCCAAGGCAUUUGCAGCUGCUCUGCAGGAUAUGGUUGGUAUCUUCGCUAGCCGCGGGACAAUCUGGUCCUGAGUGGGACAAGUUCAGCCAUGUGGAUCAUGUCCAGGCAUAUGCACGUGAUGGAAACAACCAAAGGAAAUGGUAUGUGUUGUACACAAGAAGAGACAACUUCAAAUUGGAUUCAAAUAUUAGCAGCAGCUCUACCAUUUUUCAAGAAAAUUUAUCAUCUUCUAUUGUGGAUGCUCUAGGAUUUGAGUCUGUGUGCAAAAUGAGAAGAAGUACCUUCAGUUACAUCUGCAGCUUGGUGAGGAUCCCAUUUUUUGAAGAUAUGAUGUCAAGGGAUCAGGAUCACACCUUUGUUGACGGGAGAGAGCUGUCUUUACAAGAUCGAGCAUUUGUCGCUUUGGCAAUGCUGAACUCAGGUGCCUCACCUGUUACCGUAGGAUUCUCUCUUGGUGUGAAUGAGUCAACUGUCUUGCUGGUAACUCAAGUGUUUGUUGAGGCUAUGUAUGUGCGAGCAAUGCAUCACUUGCAUUGGCCAGGCUACACUAAAAUGGAGAAGAUCAAGCGCAAGUUUGACAAAAUCCAUGGCCUGCCAAACUGCUGUGGUGUUAUACAUACAGCUCACAUCAAAUUUGGGUCACAAAACCGUGACCGCGAGGAGAAUGAUGUCAUCUUAAUGCAAGCUCUGGUUGAUCCAGAUAUGAGGUUCACAAACAUUUGGUUGGGGUUGCCAGGUAGCAUGAUGAACCAAUUGAGCAUUUUGCAUGACUCUAAUCUUUUUAAGAUGGGUGAGAAGGGUACUUUGCUGAAUGGCAACAAGCUGAAGGUAUCAUCAGGUGGUGGAUUGGAAGUCGGGGAAUACAUAAUUGGUGGUGCAGGAUAUCCUCUUCGUCCUUGGCUCCUCACGCCUUACCAGUUAGAGAAUGACCUCUCAGACUUGGACUCCAAAGUGGAGUUCAAUAGGAGACACUUUGCAGCUAUAGCCGUCGUGCUGAGGGCACUGGCACGGUUGAGAGGCACACACAAGUGCCUUCGUGGAGAAGGACCACAUCUAAAUAAUCAGGGUUACAUGUUUUCGAUAAUCUAUGUGUGCUGCAUGUUGAAUAACAUAGUGAUAGACAUGGAGGAGGAGCAGAGUGCAGGCAUUGAGGAAAAGUAUUACGUCGGGCAAGUGCGUCAGAUUGCAGAUGAGGAUGCCGUCAGGAUGAGGGAUGUACUAUCCCAGCACCUGAUCGGAUCUAGAGAAACCUUAUCAUCUUGUAUGGUUGGCGCACAAGGAUUUGAGUUGCUGUAUAAAAUGAGAAGAAGUACCUUUAGUUAUAUCUGCAGCUUGGUGAGAGUGCCAUUUUUGGAAGAUAUGAUGGCAAGGGUUCACAUGUUUGUUGAUGGGAGAGUAUUGUCUUUACAAGAUCGAGUAGCUGUCGCUCUGGUAAUGCUGAACUCUGGUGUGUCACCUGUUACCGUAGGACUAUCCCUUGGUGUGAACGAGACAACUGUCUCGCUGGUAACUCAGGUGUUUGUUGAAGCUAUGUGCGAGCGAGCAAUGCACCACUUGCGUUGGCCAGGCUCCGCUAAAAUGGAGAAGAUCAAGCGCAAGUUUGAUAAGAUCCAUGGCCUCCCAAAUUGCUGUGGUGUUGUGCAUACAGCCCACAUCAAAUUUGGAAUGCAAAACUGUGACCAUGAGGAGAAUGAUGGCAUCCUAAUGCAAGCUCUCAUUGAUCCAGAUAUGAGGUUCACAAACAUUUGUUUGGGGCUGCCAGGUAGCAUGAUGAACAAAUUGAGCGUUUUGCACGACUCUGAUCUUUUCAAGAUGGGCGAGAAGGGUACUUCGCUGAAUGGUAACAAGCUGAAGGUAACAUCAGGUGGAGGAUUAGAAAUUGGGGAAUACAUAAUUGGUGAUGCAGGAUAUCCUCUUCGUCCCUGGCUCCUCACACCUUACCAGUUGGAGAAUGAUCUCUCAGAUUCAGACUCCAAAGUGGAAUUCAACAGGAGACACUCUGCAGCUACAGCCGUCAUGCUGAGGGCGCUGGCAAGCUUGAAGGACACAUGGAAGUGCCUGCAGGGAGAAGGGUGGCAUCCAAAUAAUAAACGUGGCAUGCACUUGACAACCGGCACAUGCGUCAUUUUGCAUAACAUACUGAUAGACAUGGAGAAAGACGAGGGUGCAGGCAUGCCAAGCAAUCAGGAGGAGAAUUACGUCAAGCAAAUGCGGCAGGUUGCAGAAGAGGACGUCAUCAGGGUGAGGGAUGCACUGUCCCAGCACUUGAUCGAAAAUGGAGAAACCUUAUCAUCUUGUAUGGUGGGCGCACAAGGAUUUGAGUUGGUGUAUAAAAUGAGAAGAAGUACCUUCAGUUACAUCUGCAGCUUGGUGAGGGUGCCAUUUCUGGAAGAUAUGAUGGCAAGGGAUCACAAAUUUGUUGAUGGGAGAGUGCUGUCUUUACAGGAUCGAGUAGCGAUUGCUCUGAGAAUGCUUAACUGUGGUGAGCCACCGGCCACCGUGGGAUCCUCUCUUGGUGUGGACGAGUCAACCGUCUCGUUGGUAACUCACAGGUUUGUUGGAGCGUGGGCGCGAGCAUUUCACCACAUAAGCUGGCCUGGCUCUGCUAAACUGGAGAAGAUCAAGAGCAAGUUCGACAAGAUACACGGCUUGCCAAACUGUUGUGGUGUUGUACAUACAGCUCAAAUCACAUUUGGAUCAGAGAACAGUGGCCAUGAAGAAAAUGUUGGCAUGCUAAUGCAAGUGGUCGUUGAUCCAGAUUUUAGGUUCUCAUUCAUUUGGUUGGGGCCAUCAGGUAGUAUGAACCAAUUGAGUGUUUUGUAUGACUCUUCGCUCUUCAAGUCCUGCCAGGAGGGUACUGCACUGAAUGGCAGUAAGCUGAACUUAUCAGAUGGCUCGGAAAUCGGGGAGUACAUCAUUGGUGAUGCAGGAUACCCUCUUCUCCCCUGGCUCCUCACACCUUACCACCUGCAAGAGAAAGACCUGUCUGCAGAUUUUCCUCCUUAUCAAGCCGAGUUCAACAGGAGACACUCUUCAGCAUCAACCAUCACGCUGGCUGCGCUGACCAGGUUGAAAGACACUUGGAAGAUCCUGGACAGAGCGGUUGGCUCAUGUCCACCUUUUGAAACAAUCUAUGCGUGCUGCGUGUUACAUAAUAUAGUGAUAGACAAGGAGGAAGAGGAAGAUGGUGCAGGCAUGCCAAUCAAUCAGGAGAAUUACAUCAAGCAAGUGCGGCGGGUAGCAGAUGAGGACGCCAUCAGGGUGAGGGAUUCACUGUCCCAGCACUUGAUCGAAUCUGGAGUUCACACAAAGGCUGCAGAGGAGGAACAAGAAGCAGCAGCAACUGUAUCUGGUUCAGGAGAUGGAAACAAGGAACAGGAAGCAGACUGACAACAGAACACUGAUCGAGGAAAGGAGAAAGUGCAUGUUUCCUCUCCACUGAAAUAAUUCGUUGACCGGCCAGUGGACGAACACAAGGAACACGUACAAAGCACAUACAAGAAGAGCAGCUGAGCUAGGAGAUGAGAUCGUCAUCACUGCUUAAUUUGGUUGCGCUUUGUCUCGAAGCUGCGAGUUUAAUUAGCUCAAAGAAAUGUCAUUCUCGGAGCAAGCGACUCUUCAGCAUGCAAGUUUAGGACAUUGGCAAAGAUUUUGUUAAAAGACGUGAUGUAUCUGCCUGUGACACUAGAGACCUUUGAUUGACAUGUCUUUUUAGGUUUUGCACCCAUUUUUUGCAUGAUGUACGCAUAUCAUGCUGGUGGCCAAAGCCUGCUAGUGUCAUUGCGUCUACCUGCUGGUGGCUUGGCUUGGCUACUGUGUAACUGUAACUGUAUUUGCACUGCACUCGCAGUAAAUAUAAAUGUACCGUGUCGCCUGUGUUGUGAACGUGUAA